AUGUCGGCCGCCAGCAUUCCUCCCCCCUCCGCCGAUCAGGACUACAAGUCCACCCUUCUGCCGCUGCUAAUCUCCAACAACGUCCUGUCCUUCGGCACCUACGUCCUGAAGUCCGGCCGCGAGUCUCCUUACUUCUUCACAUCCUCCCUGCUGCACACCGCCCCUCUGCUGCGCGCCACCUCUGCUGCUUACGCGAGCGUGCUGUCCGCGGAGCCCUUCGUCACCACCGGCGCUGACGGCACCACCAAGCCCAACUUCGACAUCAUCUUCGGACCCGCCUACAAGGGCAUUCCUAUCUGCGCCGCCGUGACCAACGAGCUUGCCGUCCGUGACUCGCUGUCAGGCUCCCCCAAGGGUACCUGGGAUAAUGUGAGCUACUCUUUCAACCGCAAGGAGGCUAAGUCUCACGGCGAGGGUGGAAACAUCGUUGGCGCCUCGCUGAAGGGCAAGCGCUGCGUCAUUGUUGACGAUGUUAUCACUGCCGGUACCGCUUUGCGUGAGGCCGUUGGCAUCAUCGAGAAGGAGGGCGGCAUCGUCGCCGGUGUGGUCGUUCUGCUGGACCGCGAGGAGCGAGUCAAUGAUACUGAGUCCAAGAGUGCCAUCGGCUGUGCGCAGCGGGAUCUGGGCGGCAACAUCCCUAUUCGUGCCGUCAUUGGCCUCAACGACCUGAUCGAGAAGCUGGGUGAUCAGAUUGGCGCCACCGAGGUGCAACGACUGAAGGACUACCGUGCCCGCUACGGUGCAGAGUAA